GACCGCACAGACGAAAAUCUGUCACGCAAAGAAUCUUUAAUUCCCAACCAUAUAAAAAGGCCAGAAAAUUCCAAUCUUAUUCUAACUUGGAAGAAAUUUGUUCUUGCACAAAGCCUUUUACAAAGCGUGACUAAACGUCACACAACAACAGUCACAUAAUAUUAUCAACUUUCCACGUGAUUUUGGGUUACCAAAUUUUACCAAUGCGUCUUUUUCCAAAAUUAGCAAUGGCUGCCACAAUAAGAAAACUUGUCAGCACUUCUAAAGCUCCUGGAGCUAUUGGAGCUUACAGCCAAGCUGUCAUCGCAGACAAGACGAUGUACAUCUCAGGUCAGCUUGGAAUGGACCCAAAGACUAUGGAGCUGGUGUCUGAUGAUGCUGCUAGCCAAGCAAAACAGGCUCUAACGAACAUGGGGCACAUUCUUGAAGCUGGUGGCUCUGCUUUUAAUAAAGUUGUUAAAACUACUGUAUUGCUGGGUAACAUCAACGACUUUCAAGCUGUCAAUGAAGUGUAUAAAACUUUUUUCACUGAGAAGCAACCAGCAAGAGCUGCCUACCAAGUUGCAAAUCUGCCAAAGGGAGGAAAAGUAGAAAUCGAGGCCAUUGCCAUAGUUGGAGAGGUAAAGGAUGAAUAAGAGAUCCAUUCUCCUGGGUUUUUUGAUACAUUUGUAGCAGUAUUUUACCUUAAACUAUAACACAAAUAAGACUCAAAUAAAGAUUUGAUCCUAUUCUUUACA